AUGCUCAAAAUACCGUUUAUUUUCUGUUGUAUACUGCCAGUGAUCCUGGGAGUACCGCUUACAAAAGACGAAUAUGAAUUAAACGAGGUUCUUGAUGUCGCAUUUGACGAUUUCGACAGCCCUCUCUUCAGAAAUCCUCCAACUCCUGACGAGUUGAUAAGACAAGAAGGCUAUACCGCCGAAACUCACGAAGUUGUCACCGAAGAUGGCUACAUUCUGCAAGUGCACAGAAUUGCGGGGUCGCCGAAACAUCCUGCAUCCAAGAAUAAACCAGUUGUAUUACUUCAACACGGACUUUUGGACUGUUCAGCUUCCUGGAUUUUUACAGGCCCGCAGAAGAGUUUAGCCUUUAUAUUAGCAGACUGGGGGUACGACGUGUGGACAGGCAAUUCUCGUGGUAGCAGAUAUUCUAGAAAGCACAAGUACUUGGCUACUUCGAACCCCGAUUAUUGGUCAUUCAGCUGGCAUGAAAUCGGAGUGUACGAUCUCCCGGCAAUGAUCGAUUACGCUCUCAAUCACACGAAGCAAAAAAAAUUGUUCUACGUAGGACAUAGCCAGGGUGGUACGGCAUUCUUUGUAAUGGCCAGUGAACGCCCUGAAUAUCAGCAAAAAAUUCAAGCUUCCUUUAACUUUGCUCCAGCUGUCUUUAUGUCUAGGGCAAAAAAUGUUCUUAUGCGGAUGUUGGCUCCUCAUGUUAACAACCUUAUGGAUCUGGUUGAUCUAAUAGGUAUCUACGAAUUUAAACCUUCUGGCAAGCUGAUACAGAGCCUGGGGAAAAAGAUGUGUCAUGACGAUGCAAUCCUGCAACCAUUCUGCAAAAUUAUUAUUUUCCUGUUUGAUGGAUUCGAUAAAGAAGAGUUUAAUAUGACUCUACUACCUACUAUCGCGCAAUAUGAUCCAGCUGGUGCAUCCACCAUGCAAUUAGCUCAUUACGCACAGUUAAUGAACUCAGGCAAAUUCCGAAAAUAUGAUCAUGGUCUUAUUGGUAACUUAAACAAAUACGGAAAGAGUCAACCGCCUGAUUAUCACCUCGACAACAUUAAGAUUCCAGUAUACUUGUAUUACAGUAGUAACGAUGUGAUGGUCCAUACCGAGGAUUUGCAUAAGUUAUACAAAUUAUUGCCCAACGCUCAGAAAUUUUUGGUACCAUUUUUGCUUUUCUCGCACCUUGAUUUUCUAUUUGGCAAGCACGUAGAUACCUGGGUAUACAACAAAGUUUUGAAUCUAAUGGAACGUCAUAAGAAUUAG